GUUUGUGGGUGGGCGGACAUUCGCGCUACCUGCCUUUGGCACUUCACGUUUGCUCGUAUUUACUUCCCGGACUGGGAAUGUUAAUAAGAUGUCAUCAAUGAAGGAAAGUGGCAUCAAAGUGUGUUGUAGUUCGGGGACUCCGAGCGCCACUGGAGGAUGUGGCGACUACUCACCUGUUGGAAAAUUGGUUCAGCUGGCGGCUCCGGGACCUACUGCCUACUAUGCGCAGCCAAAAGAGGGUCCUCUGUGCAGCAACAGUGCCCUUAUUGUGAUCUACGAUAUAUUUGGCAUAGAUAUUCUGCAAACGAGACGUUUUGUCGAUCUUCUUGCGGAAAAGACUCACCGACGUGUCGUGAUGCCCGACGUUUUCCGUGGCCAUCCAUGGUUGUUGAAAAAUUUCCCUCCGAAAAAUGGCGGAGAAUUUGUCAAAUGGGUGGAAACCGCAGGAAGUUGGGAAAUAGUUUCUGCGGACCUCAAAUCUGCCCACGAGUUCCUCCUCGCAGACGGUCUGAGUAGUUCGGCACCAUUGGGUAUUUUGGGGUUCUGCUGGGGUGGCAAGCAGGCUAUUCGUGCGUGCUCUGGCGAUUCACAUGCGAGUAAGCUUGGAUUCAAAUUCCUGGCUGGAGUGAGCCUUCACGGUGCAUUCUUGGGCCCUGAGGACGCCAAACACGUGACCGUACCUAUGUUGUUCAUGCCAGCUGGGGACGAUCCAGAUAUCGGGCCAAUAAAGGAAAUUUUGGAUAAGAAACCGUUUGGGACGCAAUGUGCUUACCACCGAUUCGACUCGGAAACUCACGGCUUUGCCGCAGCACGUGGGGACUGGAAUGUCCCUCACACCCGAGAAGCCAUUAUGAAGGCAUUGGAUCUUGCUGUUGAGUUUUUCAACAAGAACUUGCCCUACUAAUUUACGACUUGAGAGUCUCACCCAGUGUUCAUUUGCCAUUCAAGUACCAUUUAACCAUAGAUCAAUAUUUUGUCAAUGGAAUCUGAUGUGCUCGAAUAAAGUUU